AUGGCUCCUUACAACCCGUUUGCCAGGCAAGAUUCGCAUACCAGGUCUACCCUGCUCACCUACCGCAUCCUUGUUCCUCUGUCGUGGUUGCUGGUGUUAAUUGUCGGCAUCUACUACUCCUCCAACUCCCCCGAUGAUGUGAAGCACGGCCAUUCCAUCUGGAAACAAGCCAACAAGCAUAUCACUGCUUUCAGUUUGAGUACUGUCAUCACCCGCAUCUACUGGGUCAUUCUUCUCCUAUCCCAGAUUGGCUACGUGUAUCACCUAUUCUCAAAGGAUGCUGUGCUGGUGACCGGCGCGGCAAAUGUGGGAACCCACUUCAUCCUCAACAACUUGUUCACUUUCGCCUGGAUUCUUCUGUGGACCCGCAACCAUUUCUGGGGAGCGGAAAUCAUCCUGAUUGCGCACUUCAUCAACCAACAUGCGACGUACUGGCGCCACCGCACCCUGAGCCCUCUUGCUCACCUGUCCGCUGUCGCGGCGCCCCUCGCCUGGACACUUGUCGCGCUCUUCUGGAACGGAGCCGUUGCCGUCAACAGCAACAGCCUGCCAGCGAGGGUCGUUGCCAACAUCUUCAUUUGGGUGCUGUUCGCCGUGGGCUCGAGCCAUAUUCUCGUCGCCCAGGAUGAUCUCCUUGGAUAUAGUCUGAGCUUGCUGACGCUUGCCCUUGCGGUUAAGCAAGUUGGUGUGAAGGUGAUUUCGCUGCAGUGGAUCUUUGCUAUUGUCAUCUUCGCCAUCUUCUUCGUGGAAUCCCUCUACAUCUCCAUGACCAAGUACACCGGCCGCAAUGUGCUGUUCCGUAGGACUGGCGAAUCAGGUACGGCUGAUCGCGAAAGGGAGCCUCUUCUUAACGAGCCGACUGCCUGA